GUCGGGUCGCAGCGACUGGCGGUGGUAGUGGGAGCCUGCGUUCAGUUGGAAACGUGGUGAGAUGACACAUGCGCACACACGCUCAACCACGUACAGUCCUACAUGUGUUGAUGUGUGUGCGUGCGCGCUCACCACAAGCAUCCAAAUCAUGGUUACAGGAUUCAUUUGUAAGGAAGGCACAGUCGUCUCCCAAGAGAAGGAGGCCACCGGGUUGCACACCAACAUGGAUGAAAAAGCGACGCAACUAUUUGGAAAAUAAUCAAGCUCUAUGAAUAUCGGAUGGAGACAAAGUAUGACCCGCAUACAAAGAAACAUUCUUAUGACUGAAAAAUAGAUAAAUAACUAAACAACCAAGUAAACAAAUAAACAAGAAAUCUAGAAUGUGCCAAUAAACUUCGUUAGCAACAAAAGUGCAACACGGAGAAGCUACUAAGUCAAGUUCAAAGCAGCAUUGCGAAACUUCCAAAGAAAACGGAGUGAGGCCUUUUUAGUAGAGCGCUUCCACGUGCGAAGCUGACAACAAUGGCAAGCGUAGGCAGACCUCUAUACAAAAAGUACAGCGUCAAGAUACUGUUACUACUCCUAAUCGUAGUGUUAGUCACACACCACUUCAUGGCCGGCGUACUAACACAGACUACACAGCGCCGAGAUGCGAACUGGAAUUCUAACAACAGUCAAAUAUUAAAGAUUAAAGAGGACUGUGAUCAGAAGAAUCCACUGACUUCCGAAAAUCAAAAAGAAAACUCUAUAGUUACAGAGAAGAUACAGAAAACUACAGAUAAUCAAGCAGAGCAGACAGUUCGAACGGCGGAGACAAACACCAUCACAUAUACGAACAGAGCACCGUCGUCUCGAGAUAGAUCCCCGGGAAAUGGGACACAAGACCAAACUAAUACAGACAGCAGAGUUGCAACGGCACGCCCUGCAGCCGCCCCGGAACCGCCGAAGGUCCGCCACCCUCCGAACAUCCUGCUCUUGAGUUCGAUGGGCCGCAGCGGGUCGAGCUUCCUGGGUGGCCUCCUGAACUCCCAGCCCGGCUCCUUCUACAUCUUCGAGCCGCUGCAUAGCCUGGAGGCGUGGCGCAUGCUCUCGGACGCCGUGGCGCGAGGGACCUUCACGCAAAUCGUCAGCUGCAACUUCACCGGCACUCUCCUCAAUGGGUUGGCGUCGGAGCCGGACUUCGCCAUCCGCACUCCUUCCGCUUACUCUUGCAGACACACAAAAAAGGCAAACCAGACUUGCUUCGACGCCAAAAAACUGAAGCAAGCGUGCGACAAACUGCCCAUUAAAAUCAUCAAAACCAUUAGAACGCGAGUGUCGUGGUUGGAGCCUCUCCUGCGGGACCCGAAGGCUAAUCUCGUGGCCAUCCACUUGGUGCGGGAUCCGAGGGCGUCCAUCAUAUCGGCCAUCGAGCGGGACUGGAACGUAAGGCCCGAGAGGAAGUGCAGGGAGUUGGAGGACGACCUGCUCAGCGGACUCCAGCUCGACAAGCUGCUGCCGGGAAGGUACAUGACAGUGCGCUAUGAGGACCUGUGUGAAGACCCCUACAAGAUGGCACGCAUUAUCUUCUCCUUCUUGGGAUAUAAGACACUGCCCCUGUCGACGCUCAGCUUCCUCGAAAAAUCGACGGCGAAGAGCGACGGCCAGACCUACGGUAUCCGACGGGACACGUCGAAGCAGCAGCAGAAGUGGCGGCAGGACAUCACGGCGGAGCAGCUGCGGGGCAUCGAGGAAGCGUGCGCCUCCGCCAUCGCCGCCGUCGGCUUCAACCUGUUCGAGGACAUCGGGCGCGCGAGGAACCUGUCGGUGCCUCUGUACGACCCCGCGAAGGCUGCCAUCUUCUUCCCUUAUUAUGGCGGGCGAUGAGACAAGACAGGAUUAGCUUUGGUUUUGUUUUUCGUGUCACUUUGUUUGACUGAACUUUGCGAGUUGGGGGGGGGGGGUAGAAUGAUACGAAUAUUGUUAUCGUUUUUGUUGGCUUGUUUGAUGAUUCGUUACUAUUAUUAUUACUUUUAUCAUUAGCAUCAUUAUUAUUGAUAUUAAUGUUAUUAUUAUUAUUAUUAUUACUAUUAUUGUUAUUAUUAUUAUUGACAUUAUUAUUAUUAUUAUUAUUAUUAUUAUUAUUAUUAGCAUCAUUAUUAUUAUUAUUAUCAUUUUAUUAUUAUUAUUAUUAUUAUUAGAGAGAGAGAGAUAGAGAAAGAGAGAGAGAGAGAGAGAGAGAGAGAGAGAGAGAGAGAGAGAGAGAGAGAGAGAGAGAGAGAGAGAGAGAGAGAGAGAGAGAGAGAGAGAGAGAGAGAGAGAGAGAGAGAAAGAGAGAGAGACAGAGAGAGACAGAGAAAUGUUAAAGUAUACGACUCACUGGCUGGCCAAGUGAGCAAAACAGAUAAGGAAUACACUUCGAAUAUUGUUGAUUCUCUUUACAAGUAUUAUAUGCUUUAUCGUCCUUCUUUUAGUCAUGAUUACAGCAUAAUCGAUAAUCGUUAUAUUGUCUGACCUACAAGCGAAUUUUGAAUGAUUUUCUGCAAUCAUGCAUUAAGGCCUAAAAUACUGAAUUCCUUAGGGAAGGAAUUAUUUCGGUGUAAAUUUUUUAUUGGAUUAGAAUGAGAA